AGGAAAGGAAAGUCCCCCAUUAGGUUUGCGCUCGUAAAGCAGCUACUUCAGAAGAGUUUUCUCAGUUCUCAACUUAGAUCAAAGAUGUUCGGUGGUCUUGGCGGGGAAGGAAAAAGCCUCACGCCAGCGCAAAAGCGCUCGCAUGCGAGCGCCCAUGCAAAUGCGCUUGUCUCCCUGGCGCCGUAUCUCGCACGCCAUCAGCGUGACUCGCUUAUUGUUACCUUGCAGCAGGCAAAUAUCCAGGAAGCAGAGACUCUUCCCAUCGGAAAGGAGCGCUUUGGUGGUCAGCAAUACCGUGGUACUGAGCUACAAGUUGGAUGCUAUUAAUUCUUCAACAUUUCCCAUCCUCAGUCAGUUGUGAACAGGUUGAGACCUAAGACGCAUUCUCCUAUCGGGUUUUGCAUGUGAUGACGGUGUCCAUACAUGUCUCCAACUCAAGACCUUCUCGCUUUGACUAGUUCUUCAUCUAACUGUAAUCCAUUCCCAACCUCCAGAUGGCUGGGCCUCGUUGCCGGCUAAACACCAUGCCCGUUGGAUUGCAAGGGCUACGCACUUGCCGUACAGCGAGGUGCAGCGCAUUGUUUCGUCUGGCGAGAUUGCUUGGAACAUCUACAAAGUCCUUGGGAUGACGGCUCAGCACGUACAUCUUACUCUUAAGUCUUGGAUUGCUUGAAGAAUUGGCUGUGAGAGUUUUAAAGACAAACACGACGCUCAUAAUUUAGCUGCAUAAGCUCGUGGUCCAUGAGUUGACGUUUCUUUUUACCAGACGAAAAUACUACUUAACUUUCCUAUCCCUUUUCAUAAAUACAUCAGCCGCCGGCUGGCGAGUCUCGCAACGCACAACCGGACGAAAAAAGCUGCGACAGCGAAGUCGCAGCUUGGGCUGAGAAGCAUGGGGGUUUGAGGGAGAUUCUGUCUGCUGUGGAAGAAUAUACCACUUUCGGCACACCGAUUCCAGUCGAUCUCUAUUAUUGGAAUCGUAUGCGCGUUAAGCGUGGGCUGCCAGUCUUCAAUCCCGGCAUGCAGCAGAAUAAUCGUCCGGUAUUUUCUUAGAGAAGUGCCUAUCUCUUUGUAGUAAACGAAGAAGGAGCUCGAGUGUCUACUUGCCAUCAAUGGAAUUUGAAGUAGGUCCUACAAGUAGCUCAAUUUGUCAUACUAAGUCCUACAAUUAGACGUCACAUAUCUCUAGCUCCCGAUGGACAUCCUCACAUCUUAUCUCUUUCCCAGAUGGCCCUUAUGGACGCGCACACGCCUUUUCCCGCUCCAGCCGCGGCUGCGACGGACAUGGCAGAUCGCAGCCGUUCCAACCGCCGCCCAACCGUUGAAGCAGAUGUAACUGAGGAGGUUCCGCCAACCAACCUGUUUUCGGCGCCGGCGCCGAAAUCUGCAGCAGGACCCAGUACCAACACAGCCUCCAAUGCUGCUCGCCGCGAGAUCGUCGAGAAGAAUCCCGUGUGCACCAAAACGGAGGUGGUCGACGUGGAUGGAGGACAAAUGCUGCUGAUGCACUAUGAUGAUGGUACCGUCCGCCACACCAUGAUCACUGGGUCGAUCGGUGACAAAUCGAAGAAAGUCGGAUCUCCGCGUGCAGCUGCUGCCGAGCCAGUGCUGUCGAAGUCGAAGUCCGUCGGGUCGGAGAAGAACGGUCCCGGUGACCAACGUGCUGAAGAUCACAAGAAGGAUCCAAAGUCCUCCACUGAUGAAGAGGUCCCGGCAAAGAAAGCCGUCACGACGGUCAAAUCUGCUGAUGUGGAAGUCGGAGCAGAAGAGAAGGGUGAAGAACCUGCUAUCGGAGAGACUGCCGCUGAUGAAGAUACUCAGGCUGCAACGGAGUCUGCCGCUGAUAACAAGGGAAAGAAGGGCAAAUCCACGCUGGCGGACAUGGCCAAAAAACCUAAGGCUCCGAAGAAGCAAGCGAAAGCCAAGAGUGGACCGCAAAAGAAGUCCACUGAAGAGGGUGGAGUGGAUGAUAUCCCGGCAGGUGCUGCGACUGGCAUGGAUGUGAGCUUCGAGCAGGCUCUCGGAUCCGCGGCCUCCAGUGAGAAGAAGUAAGUGAUGAAUGGAGAAAGAGAUCUCCAAAUGGUUCCUCUUGAUUAGAAUAGAAGUACUUCAAAAUUUAUCAACAAGAAUAACGGUUAUUAUAUUCGUCAUCAAAUAGAAACGGCACUACAAGUUGCGUCAAUCUAUUAAAUUUAAGUAUUAAUUUGUUCAAUGAAUUGUUUAGAUCAGAGCAGUUUCGUUAAGAAUUUGAUAUCUACGGUAUGAGAAAGUAAGGAAAUUUAUGGAAAUCGCAGAACUAAAAGGCAUCUACUAAAUACCGAAAAGGAAGAGAGUGUUCAGUUAAAACAAUAAGGGAUUUAAGUGUAUCAGGCUGUUCGAAGUAUUCAGUUUCAUGAUUAAAGUUUCUUAAUUUUCAAAUCAACGAAAACAGUACUGGGAAAGAGUUACGAUAAGGGAAAACAAAAGCGAAAUUGUAAUAAAAGACAAGAACGAGCGAACGAAUUUCUAGUCGGGAAACAAGAUGAUGAAUUAUUCUUUCAAGUGAUGUAUGUCAUUCGCUGAAGUACGACCGUAGCGCUCUUUGCACAAGCACGGAGUUACUCGAUUCGACGCCAGUGUCGUUACUUCCGUUUCCAUUUUCUCGAGCUAG